GCUGCUGCGCGCUUUUCAGCGCCGGGCUGAACGGCUCUACGCCGGCGGUGCGGGCUAGCGCGCGUGGCUAGCUGGCGCCCAAUACCCCCUCGUAGAAGCUUUGGGGAAAGGACUCGCCAAGAAAAGCCCACUCAAAAGGACAACACCCGACUGCUGCCCAGACCUCUCUCUUUUGUACUCCGGCGACAAGCCGUACUUUUAUUACUUGUUUCGUCAACGGUGUUCAGCUGCCAGUUCGUGUUUUUGUAUUCUUCACCCCGUAGAAGGACUCUGUUACCGUUUCGCUUCGUCUUGUCUCUUUUGUACGGUGCCUCCGCCAAGAAGAAGUCGUUCAUUUGUCUACUCGUGUUUAAAGCUAGUUUUUGUAUAUCCAUAUAGUCGGGUUCUUCAAAACGCCUUCUCGUCUCUGCUCAAAGGCCAAGUCUGAUCGCCGCCGACUGCCAGCUGUUUUUUCCUCUGCGACCUUCUACUAGACAAGUCGCCUGUCUCGCACUUCGUUCUUUGGAUGCAUUCCGUGGCCGACUCCUCGGAGGCAGGCGCGGGUCCCGGCAGGAUGCAGGUUGAGAUCCAGGUGGCUCUCAACUUCCUCGUCUCCUUCCUGUACAACAAGCUGCCCCGCCGGAGAGUCAACCAGUUCGCCGAGGAACUGGACCGGGCGCUCAGGCGAAAGUUCCGGGGACACUGGUAUCCGGAGAAGCCGUAUCGGGGCUCGGCGUUCCGCUGCGUCAAGACGUCCCCUCCCCUGGACCCGGUGUUCCAGAUCGCUGCCCGGGAGAGCGGCGUCGAUCUGCGGGACGUCCGGGAGAACUUGCCCCCCGACCUGAGCAUUUGGAUAGAUCCCGGCGAGGUGUCCUACCGCAUAGGCGAGAAGGGAGCGGCACAGGUGCUUCUGGGCGGCCCUCAGUCGUCCGUCUCCGAAUCUCGCUGCUGCUCGACCAGCCCCGGCUCGGCCGACGAGGCCCUGGUCGCUCAGUUGGCCGGCCUGGGCCUUGGUCCCGGUGCAGCCAUGACGCCCCUGUCUCCGGGCACGGUCGCCGCCCAGUCGGCGGCCUCGGCACCCGCGCUGGCCGCCGUAGCAGCCGUGGCCGCCGCCGCUGCUGGUCCCUGCACAAACCCCGGCGCCGGCGCUCCGGUCGUCAACGGCACGGGAACGCGCUCCCUCACCUUCACCACGGCCAGCUUCGCGCAGACAAAGUUCGGCUCGACCAAGCUCAAGACAAGCUCCAAGCGCGCCCAGAGGCUCUCGCCCACCGAGCUCAGCCUGAGGCGAGAGCAGCAGCAACAGCAGCAGCACCAACAGCAGCAGCAGCAGCAGCAACACGUCGCCAGGGGCGCGGCGGCGGUGCCGACGAGCGGCAACCCCCUCUCGCCACACGAUCUGUACGGAUCGGCGGCGGCGGCAGCGGCGGCCGCUCUCCCCGUUGAUGCGUUCGGCGAUGCGGCUGCCGCGGUGGUGGCGUCGCAGGUGGCGGCAGCAGCGGCGGCUGCGUCUUGCCCGCCUCCGCCUCCCACGACCGCGUCGCGGUUCGCGGCGGCGGCGUCUCCGUUCUUGGCUGCGGCUGCGGCUGCUGGUGGCUCGCUUCAGGGACAUCACCAUCACCACCACCACCACCCGCAUCACCACCACCACUCAGCGGUGUCCGGGGCGGCAGCCGAACUCGGAGCUGCGCUCCAACAGCACCUGCUGUUGGCAAACUAGUCGGAGCAAGCGCCACAACUGUUCUUUCUUUUUUGUACGUUUCGUUAUUUCCUAGAGGGCCCACACUCUCGCGUUGAAAAAAAAGAGCUGCCGCAUACCCGAGAGGUUUUGGUGGGGAAAGGCCGAAGCUAUGGCCACACUGGUUCAUUUAUCAAUUAUUUUUGGAUGUGACAAUAGAGGAUGUAGACGGCGCAUUGGAAAACGAAGCAAAAAUUAGCAGGACCUCUAGACGCCCUUGAUUAAAGGGGAUGUACUUCCUUUUUUCCUGGCCACUGCUGGGACUGUUGCCGGUAGACUUGGUUGCCAUGUCGAUCUAGAUUGGAAGGCUAACUGCAACGCUUUCAAAAUGCGCGGCGUUGUUUUGGUGAAUCCUUUAUUCGGAGCAAUAUGAACAGUUUCGUAUUUGAGUCCCUUUCUUUUCGAGCGGGUUCACACCAUCCUAUGGUUUCUCACCUACUAUUGGCCUGCGACUGGUCAUUGUCAGUAUCCUUCAUGGGAUAUGGAAGAGGGAUUGUUGUAAUGUGCAGAUAAACACGGUACUCACUUGUUGCUCCAAGAGGACGAAGAGUUACUAGUACAUUCUCAACUUGGAGUUAAGAACAGGAAAAAAAUAUUAACUAGAACUGUCGCUUCUUCAUAUGUACUCAGAAGAGGACAUCGUACAAAACAAGUUUGCACCUGUUAUGUAACGCUGCUCGAUAAACAAAAAUGUUUUAGAAAACUACAGCAUAAGCUUUUCAAGCGAACUGAAUCUCUGGGAUCAGUAGAGUAUUGUUUGUUGGCUCAAGAAGCGGGGCAGCUAGGGUCUUCUGUCCACCAUGGAAGUUGUUACAGUGUCGACGAGAAAUGACAGUCUUUGCCCUGAGAUUCUUGUUUUACAUAACAUCAAUUAUUCGAAUGUCGCAUUGUAGUUGGAUGGCUUGAAGUGCGUCGGCAUUGCUGUGACGGAUGUUUUUAUGAAAGCGGUAGAGUUUGCCAUAGCUGUUCAACUGCUCUGCCUAAAACGUUGAAACUGCCGCAGAUAGGGUGUGCACAAGGAACUGUUUUUUUUUUGUUGACUGCCCUGAGAAGGAAUCAUUGUACAAAAAUGGUCUGGUCCGAUCAGUUUCGAUACGUCAGGUUGUAGUGCUCGCGUUGGAACAUGGUUUGAAUCGCGCCCGUAGCACUAGCAACGGAUCACCGGGAAAACUGUUAGGGAAUGCCGUGUGCGGCGUUAGUUACUGAAAGAACUGCGAGAUUUUAGCUUCUGCGGCUGCCAAAACUUCGUUCUCGCGAAGUAUGCACAAAGCAACAAGAAGUUAAACCCUGAGUGCCAUGUCUAUCACACACCCAUCCCUUGUUUAGUUUCAUAGAAAAGUGCUUCUUUUUCUUUCUUGCAUAGUUUCGGUUUUGUGGUAUUGAAUGCGCGCGACCAAUUAGUAAUGCCGUCACUGUUUCGAAAGCUUCGUGAAGAGAGGCUUGAUGAUCUUUGUUAUGAGAAUCAUGUAUGUCCUCUCCGUCAGUGCGUGCAUCUCAACGUUAGCUAAAAGAAAAAAAGGCGGGCGCUUUUGAUAACGUGACGUUACCUCUCGCUGUAAAAUGUAUACCACCGCUAUUGUAUUAGACACAUCGCACAAACUUCCGUUGCAAGGCCAAUCCUAUAGCGCCUGAAAGAUAUAUAUUCGUUGAGAGAGAGACCAAUGAAAAUGUCUAUUUUUGACGACACGUAUGUUUUCCAGACGUAAACGUUUAGGAAGCUGUAGUUGCUGUUGAUGUUGAAAGAUAGGCUGUUGAACAUUUUUGGGCGUCUGGAGGUUCUUCCACGGUAUACAGAAACAAGCGCCAUCUGCUGCUGUAGACGUUUAAGUGUAAUGGCAGUAUCAUAAA